CAACGACACAGCGAACAGAAGAUUUCUACUCCAGUCUGCAUUGUCUCAUUUCUUCUGAUACUGAAUUGAGAUGCCUGUAGAGACGCGAUCAAUCAGAAAUACAUCUGCAGUGGGUCGGUUUCCAUCGGUCACUCUUGGAAUUUGGGAAGACGAAGAAGAUGAAGAAAAGGAAGAGCUAGAGGAAGACAAUCCUGUGAAACAAAAUGCAUGCCAGAGCUGGCUACGUAAGGUCUGCCCGUGCUGCUGUCCCCAGCCGAAUGAAGAUGACAUUAAAGAGACUUUGGUCCUAGUGAGUGAUGAUCUGGAUAAGGAGGAAGGGAAUGCAGUGAAGCCGGAAAUUGGUGAAAGCGAACUUGAUGAACUCCUUCUGAAAGUGCGAUCAAUAGACCUGCUGAAAAGCAAAUCAGGGGAGAACCGCACAGAGCACCACACAAACCUCUACCAAAGUGAUGACUUCAUUCUUCGCAGAGGACAGAAUUUCCAGAUGUGGAUCACCCUGUCUCGACCCUUUAGCCCCAACACUGACAAACUUCACCUCGAACUGAAAACAGGGCCACUGCCAACAGUGUCAAAAGGAACACAUGUAAUCAUCCCUUUGGUGGAGGAGUUGGAGGACGAUCGUUGGGAAGCCACCAUUGUGAAACAGGAUGACAAAAGGAUAAAGCUGUCAGUGAAUUCUCACCCCACGGCAGUCAUUGGCCGAUAUCAAAUCACAGUGGAAACAAAUUCUGCAAAUGGUCAGGCUGUCUCCACACAUGACCCUGACAAUGACAUCUUCCUGUUGUUCAACCCCUGGUGUGAAGAUGACGCCGUGUUCAUGGAUGCUGAAGACGAGAGGCAGGAAUAUAUCAUGAAUGAUAUCGGACGAAUCUACUAUGGCACACAGAAUCAAAUUGGAGUGCGGACAUGGAACUAUGGACAGUUUGAUGAUGGGAUUCUUGCUGCUUGUAUCUUUAUCCUGGAAAAGAGUGGAACUCCUCCGUCUGGUUGGGGAGACCCGAUCAAUGUGGUUCGAAUCAUCUCAGCCAUGAUCAACUCCCCUGACGACAGUGGUGUUUUGGAGGGAGACUGGUCAGGAGACUAUUCAGCUGGAACUAGUCCAACAUAUUGGAGUGGAAGUGUGGAAAUCCUGAAGGAAUACCAUAAAAACAACGGAGACCCUGUUAAGUAUGGCCAGUGCUGGAUCUUUGCUGGCGUAUUCAAUACAGUUUUACGGUGUUUAGGCAUUCCCAGUCGAACUGUGACCAACUUCAGUUCAGCUCAUGACACAGACGUCUCAUUGACAACAGACGUAUACCUGGACGAGAACCUGGAGCCUAUAGAUACCCUCAACACCGACUCUAUCUGGAACUUCCAUGUGUGGAACGAUUGCUGGAUGGCUCGUCCAGACUUGCCUACAGGCAAUGGAGGCUGGCAAGCUGUCGACGCCACACCUCAGGAAAGCAGCCAGGGCACCUACCGCUGUGGUCCUGCUUCUCUUACUGCAGUUCGCAAUGGUCAGGUCUUCCUCAAAUAUGACUGUCCGUUUGUUUUCGCCGAGGUGAAUAGUGAUAAAAUCUACUGGCAGAGGAAUGUAGAUGGGACCUUCAGUCAAAUAUAUAGUGAGAAAAAGAUAAUGGGCCACUUCAUCAGCACCAAAGCUGUUGGCAGUGAUGAACGCAAUGACAUCACACAUCUUUACAAACACUCCGAAGGCACAGAUCAGGAACGCAUUGCUGUAGAGACAGCAUGUAGCUAUGGCUCCAAAUCAGAGGCCUAUACCUCUCCCACGGUGGAGGAUGUCUCUGUAGAAGUGACCAUGGAUGGUGAAGGUCCUCAAAUGGGAAAAGAUGCAGAGCUGACCAUCACAUUGCAAAACAGCAGCUCAGAGCAACGCACCCUCGUCUUGCACGGUCAGGUGGCAGUUAUGUACUAUACCGGUGUCCACAAGGCCACAGUCAGAAAGGACACGACAGACGUGACCUUGGAGCCCAACGAGGUAAAGUCUUUAGAGUGGACCUUGGAUUUCAUGGACUACAAGGACCAGCUGGUGGACCAGGCUGCCCUGAUGCUGACGCUGUCAGGCAGGGUCAAAGAAACACAGCAGGUCCUGGCCACUCAGUUCAGUUUCCGGCUCAGGACCCCAAACCUCAUCUUAAAGCCAAUCGGGAAGGCGGUGGUGGGAGAGAAGAUGGCAGUAGAGAUUUCAUUUACUAACCCAUUACCACAGGUGUUGAAAGCUGUGAUAUUCCACGUGGAAGGACUGGGCCUCCUAACUGCUCAAAAGAUUCAAUAUGGAGAUAUUGGCAGUCGUGCCACCGUGUCUCUGACUGAGCACUUCGUCCCCACCCUGGCUGGACCAAGGAAAUUACUGGCUUCAUUGGACUGCAAGCAGCUCACACAGGUUCAUGGUGUGACCGACAUCACUGUGGAAAAAGAAAGGAACGGCACUCUAUAGCGAACACUUUGACACUGAAUGUUUCUUAGACAGCUAUUUUUUCACUGUCAUUUAUAUGGAAAGUUAUUGUUUAAAUUUACAAAAGUAAUUUAUUUCGCGUGAGAAUUUCAAAAUGACCACAAAGAGACAACCAAUGAUGAAAUAUUAAAGAAAGAUUUGGUGUUGGUGGGAUAAAAACUUUUAUAUUCUAUUUAAACCAGUAUUAUCUUAUACCAAGGUCAUUGCAUGUGUAUGUAGUCCCACAGUUGUUGCAGAGGUUGUACAGCUUAAAUUAAAGAAGUUAAUCUUUUUUAAAGACA